GGGAACUCUACCAUCUGUCUCAACGUUGUCUCAAGUAGCAUGUUUUAUCCUAAAUGGGAGUUAGUUAAAUUUCAAAAUGUUGUCUAUAAAUGUAUUGAUUUAUUCGUUAUGCAUAAGUAUAUAUGUAGCAUUUAGUAGUGGAAACAGAAAUUUCCAAUGCCAUGAGCUAUACGAACAUGAUGCAACCAAUAUCGGAGAAGUCAAAAGUCCUUUCUAUGAUGAAGGAUCAUAUCCAGACAAACUUUGGUGUGAAUACAGAAUUAGAGCACCUGCAGGAUAUAGAAUUAAAAUAACAUUUAAGGACCUAGAUAUUGAACCUACUGGUAGCUGCGGUCAUGACAAAUUGGUUUUGUACGGGAAAGACAAAGAGAGCGUUUUGGGAGAGUACUGUGGCGAUCUGAUUCCAAGGCCUAUCCUCUCAAAUUCAGGUGAGAGCGAGAUUAGGCUUCUUUUCCUCUCCGAUGAAAUGGUGGCCGGAAGAGGAUUUCGUCUUCAAUACGAAUCCUCACCUAACAUAGAACUCUGCAGCAGUAAAGAAGGUAGUUGCAGAAAUCGAAAAUGUUAUCCCACCGAGAAAAAAUGUGAUGGAGUAGAUGACUGCGGUGAUGGAACUGAUGAAGAAAAGUGCGGAAAACCAGUGAGUAUGCCAUCAGACAUAUGUGGUGAGCCACCGAUUCAACCAAAAACCAUUUAUGGUUCUGCAGACAGACAGGUUGGGGGAGCGGAAGUAGUGACUAACAGUUGGCCGUGGCAGGUCUCAUUGCAGCACACCUAUAAAGAGCCCAAUGCUCAUUUUUGUGGAGGGUCCCUCAUCAGUCCACAGUGGGUUGUAACAGCAGCUCAUUGUGUCACUGGAAAACCCGAUCCACAAGACUUGAGGAUUGUUCUUGGAAGUCACAAUAAAUAUAACAAAACAAAAUAUGAAGUAACUCGAAUAGCAGAAAAAAUCAUAUCAUAUCCAGACUUGGAGGGAGAAAAGUUGAGACAAAUGUCAAUUACACAUGAUAUUGCCUUGAUAAAAUUGAAUGCUCCUGUAAUUUACACGGACGGUAUUCAACCAGUUUGUUUGCCGUCUCUUGGAUGGGAGGCUCAGCCGGAUUGGGUUUGUUAUUCUACUGGCUGGGGAGAAACAAGAGGUACCGGCUUUUCUGAUGUGUUGAAACAAACAGAGCAAAUCGUUAUGUCUAAAGAAAAUUGUUCUCACAAUGUACAAACACAAGUAUGUGUGGCUAAAGCCCACCAGUCACCGUGCCAUGGUGAUAGUGGUGGCCCUUUAGUUUGUAAACUUGGUAGUAAAUGGUGGUUGAUGGGAGCGACAAGCUUCGGAUUUCCUACAAAUAUGUUUAGUGGUCUUUGCUAAGUGAAAGGAACAAAAGUUGUAUUCUCCAGCGUGACUGAUAAAGCAGAUUGGAUACGACAAAUAAUUAGCAAAUACAAUUAGAAAUAAUAUGUAAUAGGAAAAAAACUAAUAAAAAUUAUUAUUAUUCUGUU